UACCGGAAGCAGCAAGCCCACAUGUGCGCGAAAUUGACGCCUCGGAACAAAUCCGCAGCGACUGACGGACGGCGAGGCUCUGACUUUUUUUUUUUUUUAUCUUUUCGAGAGGAUUUGUCGAAGAAGCAAGAGGAAAAAGACGACGCGCCAAAUAUAAGAGAGUGAAGGCGCCUGACGACGGCGGAAUGGCGGGCAGGGACCCGCUGGUGCCGAUACCCGUGGAGAUUCGGGCCAAACUGGCCGAACUGGAGUUGGAGUUAUCCGAAGGUGACAUCACGCAGAAAGGUUACGAGAAGAAACGAUGUCAACUGAUUGGAGCCUUUUUACCACAAAUUCCAGCUGCGGACGCGGCGCAGGAGAGGAGACCGUCCUUGGCGUUACGCCGCCGACGCUUGUCGGGUUCCCGGGAUGAACGCUACCGCUCAGACGUCCACAGCGAGGCAGUGCAGGCGGCCUUGGCCAAGCACGGCCAGAGGAAGAUGGCCGUGCCCAUGCCGUCCAAGCGACGCUCCCUGGUGGCGCGCAACUCCGCCUAUACGCCGCCAGAUACGUCCUCGGGUUCCGAGGGGGAGGACUCUGAGGAGGACCACGGCGUGCAAGAGGAGGACGAAGGAGGCCACGCGGCCGUGGCGGGCGCGUUGUCGCUGCGCCCCGGCUCGUCCGCCCCCGAUGCCGACUCGUCCACCACCACCUCCUCGUCCUCGUCCGCCAGCAGUGGGGUGACGGGCCGCGGGCGCCAAGCCAAAGGUCUGGCCCAGCACGUCCGUGUCUCUGCACACCGGCUGCGCCUGCACCAGCAGCACCGAAAGCCCGAGAUGCCCUCUGCCCCUCCGGACGUGACGAGUUCCACCAACAAUGCCGCCACCGCCGACGAGAUCCAAGAGGAGAAAAAGUCUGGUGGCGGCCACAGACAAACGUGCAAAUACGGCAACGCUGAGCUGAUGGAGACUGGAGACGGUGUUCCGGUCAGCAGCAGAGUUUCAGCCAAGAUUCAGCAGCUGGUCAACACGCUGAAGAGACCCAAGAGACCGCCGCUUCGGGAGUUCUUUGUGGACGACUUUGAGGAGCUGCUGGAGGCGCAGCAACCGGACCCCGACCUGCCCAAAGCAGAGGGGGCCCAGACGGAGCCGGCCCAGGGGGAGGAACUGGGUGCCGAGUCGCUCUGCCUGGAGGCCGCCCUGCAGCGGUGGGCCUCCGUCUCCCCCAAGGCCCCCUGCCUCACCAGCGUGGACGCCAACGGGAAGCCGUUCUGCCAGCUCACCUACGGUAAACUUUGGUCCAGGAGUGUGAAGGUGGCCUACAACCUGUCGCACAAGCUGGGAACCAAACAGGAACCUCUCGUCAGAGCCGGAGACAGAGUGGCGCUGGUGUUCCCCAACAACGACCCCGGCUCAUUCAUGACGGCCUUCUACGGCUGCCUGCUGGCCGACGUGGUGCCCGUGCCUGUCGAAGUGCCUCUCACGCGGAAGGACGCGGGCGGUCAGCAGAUUGGCUUCCUUUUGGGCAGCUGCGGCGUCAGCGUGGCUCUCACCAGCGACCUCUGCCACAAAGGACUUCCCAAGAGUCCCACUGGCGACAUUCUGCACUUUAAAGGCUGGCCCAAGCUGCUGUGGAUGGUGACGGAAUCCAAUCACUUGUCCAAGACACCUCGAGACUGGUUACCCCGCAUCAGGGGCCCCGGAGCCGACACGGCAUACAUUGAGUACAAGACGUGCAAAGAUGGCGGCGUCCUGGGUGUGACGGUGUCACGCGCCGCCAUGUUGACUCAUUGUCGGGCCCUCACGCAGGCCUGCACCUACACCGAAGCCGAGACCAUCGUUAACGUUCUGGACUUCAAGAAGGACGUCGGACUUUGGCAUGCCGUCCUCACUAGCGUGAUGAAUAUGCUGCACGUGGUGAGCAUCCCGUAUGCCCUGAUGAAGGUCAACCCGCUCGCGUGGAUCCAGAAAGUGUGUCAGUUCAAAGCCAAGGUGGCGUGCGUCAAGUCGCGCGACAUGCACUGGGCUCUGGUGGCGCAUCGCGAUCAGCGCGACAUCAACUUGGCCUCGCUCAGAAUGCUGCUGGUCGCCGACGGCGCCAACCCCUGGUCCGUCUCGUCAUGUGACGCCUUCCUCAACGUCUUCCGCACCAAAGGCUUGAAGUCGGGCAUCAUUUGUCCCUGCGCCGGCUCGCCCGAGGCGCUCUCCGUGGCCAUCAGGAGGCCCGCCAAGGACACAAGCGAGCCGCCCCCUCGCGGUGUUUUGUCCAUGUACAGUCUCAGCCACGGAGUCAUCAGACUCGACUCGGACGACAAGCUCGCCGUGCUCGCUGUGCAGGAUGUCGGAAGAGUCAUGCCUGGAGCGGUGAUGUGCGCGGUGAAGAUGGACGCCGUCCCCCAGCUAUGUAAAAGCGACGAGGUGGGCGAGUUGUGCGUGCGCACGGUGGCCACGGGCUCGUCCUACUACGGCCUCAGUGGAAGGACCAAGAACACCUUUGAGGUGGUCCCUGUCACCAGCGCUGGCACUGUCGUCGACGAUUCUCCCUUCACCAGGACGGGACUGCUGGGCUUCGUGGCUGCGUCGGGUCUGGUGUACGUGGCGGGCAAGAUCGAUGGUCUGAUGGCAGUAGGCGGGCGCCACCACAACGCCGACGACAUCGUGGCCACGGCGCUUGCCGUGGAGCCCAUGAAGUUUGUCUACAGGGGCCGGAUAGCCGUGUUCUCCAUCGAAGUCCUGCACGAUGAGAGGAUCGUAGUGGUCGCUGAGCAGCGGCCCGACUCCACCGAGGAGGACAGCUUCCAAUGGAUGAGCCGCGUGCUGCAGGCGAUCGACGGGAUCCACCGGGUGGGUGUGUACUGCCUGGUUCUGGUCUCACCCAACACGCUCCCCAAGAGUCCUCUAGGGGGCAUCCACCUGUGCGAAACCAAGCAGCUCUUCCUGGAGGGGGCGCUGCACCCCUCCAACGUCCUCAUGUGCCCGCACACCUGCGUCACCAACCUGCCCAAACCACGACAGAAGCAACCAGGUGGGAGACGCACACACGUGCGCACACUCGGUCGGGCGUCACGUGGCCUGAGGAUCUUCUGGCUCUUGGCAGAAAUCGGCCCCGCGUCGGUGAUGCUGGGGAAUCUGGUGUCUGGGAAGAGGAUCGCUCAGGCCAGCGGGAGAGACCUGACUCAGGCCGAGGACAGUCACCAGUUCCUCUUCCUGUCUGAGGUGUUACAGUGGCGAGCACAGAGCACACCGGAACAUGUGCUCUACACGCUGCUCAACUCACGGGGGGCGACGGCCAGCUCAGUGACGUGCUCACAGCUCCACAAGAAGGCCGAGAAGGUGGCGGCCAUGCUGGCCGAACGCAGCCACCUUCGAGACGGAGAUCACGUGGCGCUGCUCUACCCUCCAGGCAUGGAGCUGAUCGUGUCGUUUUACGGCUGCUUGUAUGCCGGCUGCGUGCCCGUCACCGUACGCCCGCCUCACCCCCGCGACGUCACCACCACGCUGCCCACCGUCAAGAUGAUCGUCGAGGUGAGUUGUUCGGUGUGCGUGCUGACCACUCAGGUCAUCUCCAAGCUGCUCAGGUCCAAGGAGGCCUCGGCUGCCGUGGACUCCCGCACGUGGCCGCCCAUCCUGGACACAGAUGAUUUACCAAAGAAGAAAGCUCCUCUACUGUACAAACCCUCCAACCCCGACACGCUGGCCUACCUGGACUUCAGCGUGUCCACCACCGGCAUGCUCGCUGGAGUCAAGAUGUCUCACGCGGCCACCAGCGCCCUGUGCCGCUCCAUCAAGCUGCAGUGCGAGCUGUACCCGUCCAGAGAGGUGGCCAUCUGCCUGGACCCGUACUGCGGCCUGGGCUUAGUCCUCUGGUGCCUCUGCAGCGUGUACUCGGGCCACCGCUCUAUACUGAUCCCGCCGUGCGAGCUGGAGAGCAACGCCUCCUUGUGGCUUUGGGCCGUCAGCCAGCACAAGGUGCGAGACACGUUCUGCUCGUACGGCGUGGUGGACACCAGCACCAGAGGGCUCGCUAUGCAGACGGACGCGCUCAAGAGUCGCGGCGUGGACUUGUCCCGCGUGAGGACGUGCGUGGUGGUGGCUGAGGAGCGGCCUCGGACCUCGCUGACGCGGUCCUUCUCCAAGCUCUUCAAGGACCUCGGCCUUCAGUCCCGAGCCGUCAGCACCGCCUUCGGAUGCCGGGUCAACAUGGCUGUCUGCCUUCAGGGAACGUCCGGUCCCGACCCGACCACCGUCUUCGUGGACAUGAGGGCGCUGCGUCACGACAGGGUGCGACUGGUCGAGAAGGGAUCGCCUCACAGCUUGCCCUUGAUGGAGUCUGGCAAGAUCCUUCCUGGCGUUCGCAUUAUCAUCGCCAAUCCGGAGACCAAAGGACCCAUGGGAGAGUCUCACCUGGGCGAGAUUUGGGUUCAGAGCAGCCACAACGCAAGCGGCUACAUGAGCGUGUACGGGGACGAGGCGCCGCCGUCCGAUCACUUUGCGUCCAGACUGAGCUUCGGAGACACACACAGCCAGUGGUCGCGGACGGGAUACUUGGGCUUCCUGCGCAGGACGCAACUGACCGACGCCAACGGAGAGCGCCACGACGCGCUCUACGUGGUGGGCGCCUUGGAGGAGGCCAUGGAGCUGCGGGGCAUGCGCUACCAUCCCGUCGACAUCGAGACCUCCGUCGUCAGGACGCACAAGAGCAUCGCACAGUGCGCAGUGUUCACGUGGAGCAACCUGCUGGUGGCGGUGGUGGAGCUGGCAGCGUCGGAGCAGGAGGCGCUGGACCUGGUGCCGCUGGUGACCAACGCCGUCCUGGAGGAGCACUACCUGAUCGUAGGCGUGGUGGUGGUCGCUGACGUGGGCGUGGUCCCAAUCAACUCGCGGGGCGAAAAGCAACGCAUGCACCUGCGCGACGGUUUCCUUGCCGACCAGCUGGACCCCGUCUACGUAGCCUACAACAUGUAGCCACCAAGGCGUCCUUAAAGGCAGGCAGAUGUCCUCCUCUCUGCAAAGAUUCCUGGGGGCCUUCUCCGCUUCCCAAACAAAGCAACGCGCCUUCUUGUGGGCUCAGGGAGAACAAAGCACUAUCUGGCCGAGGAACACCAGAAGACCUAGGUCAGUGUUUCUUAACCUUGUUGGAGGUACGGAACCCCGCCAGUUUCAUAUGCGCAUCCACCGAACCCCUAUUUAGUGAAAAAUAAAAUUCUUUUUUUCAAAUUCAAGACAGAUGUCUUUUAGUGGUGCACAAAAUGAGCCGUGCAUGAACAUCACCUUGUUCAAAGAACAAAAGCAACACAAUGCAUGAACUCACAACAAAUUACACACCUGCAAAUCAGUGAGACUUCUGUUGCCUUUUGGGAGACCCGUUCAGAUAUGCGUCAUCACAAAUUUACAUGAUAGAUCAGGUUAAGAACUACUGACCUAGAUAUAGUCAUGAUGGGUUCAGAGCGGCCACAACGCGGGCAGUCGUGCAAGUUCGAAACGUUUUGCCCUUUCAGUUUGUUUGUAAAUGCACACCAAAUAAAUGACAUUUUCUUA